GUGGGCCGCGGUCACGUGACGGCGCGCCGCUUCCCGGGCUCCUCCUCUCAGCCCGAAUGCGCCUGCGCGCAGGUGGGCGGGAAGGCGGGGCCGGGUUCCGGAGCAGAAGCCGAGGAGAGCAAGGCCCAGCUAUAAGAUGAUCCCAGCUGUAUAAAUGAGGCCAGCUAUGCUCAGAAAACCCAGACUGAAGCCACUUAGCAAGAAAGUGGCAGGGAUGGGAUCUGAACCCUGAACUAUCCCAUCCAAGGCAUUUGCUGAUGGCAAGUCUCCCACUGCAGCUCAUCUGAAGAUUGUGGUGUCAUGCAUGAACACAGACAGGACCACAGGCCAAGGAACUGAGGGCUAUUCUGUGGACGGGAAACAGGUGUCUGCGGUCCAAAAAUUCACAUUUGUAGAUCAGAAAAAGGUUUCCAGCCCCUGACACACCCACCUUGCCGCCUCGGCUCCGCAGUCUCCCGGCUGCCAGGCAAUAUGAAGCCUAAACUGAUGUACCAGGAGCUGAAGGUCCCUGUUGAGGAGCCUGCGGGAGAGCUGCCCAUGAAUGAAAUCGAGGCGUGGAAGGCAGCGGAGAAGAAAGCCCGCUGGGUCCUGCUGGUCCUUAUCCUGGCAGUGGUGGGCUUCGGCGCCCUGAUGACUCAGCUGUUUCUAUGGGAAUACGGGGACUUGCAUCUAUUUGGACCCAACCAGCGACCAGCCCCCUGCUAUGACCCCUGCGAAGCAGUGCUGGUGGAGAGCAUCCCUGAGGGUCUCGAGUUCCCCAACGCCACCACGAGCAACCCCUCCACUAGCCAGGCCUGGUUGGGCCUCCUUGCCGGUGCCCACAGCAGCCUGGACAUCGCCUCCUUCUACUGGACCCUCACCAACAAUGACACCCACACGCAAGAGCCCUCUGCCCAGCAGGGGGAAGAGGUUCUCCAGCAGCUCCAGGCUCUGGCACCUCGAGGUGUGAAGGUUCGAAUCGCCGUGAGCAAACCUAACGGACCUCUGGCUGAUCUGCAGUCCCUGCUACAGACUGGUGCCCAGGUCCGCAUGGUGGACAUGCAGAAGCUGACCCACGGUGUCCUGCACACCAAGUUCUGGGUGGUGGAUCAGACCCACUUUUACCUGGGCAGUGCCAACAUGGACUGGCGCUCGCUGACCCAGGUCAAGGAGCUGGGAGUGGUCAUGUACAACUGCAGCUGCCUCGCUCGAGACCUGACCAAGAUUUUUGAGGCCUACUGGUUCCUAGGCCAGGCGGGAAGCUCCAUUCCUUCCACCUGGCCACGGCCCUUUGACACCCGUUACAAUCAAGAGACACCAAUGGAGAUCUGCCUCAAUGGCACGCCGGCUCUGGCCUACCUGGCGAGUGCACCCCCGCCGCUGUGUCCCAGUGGCCGAACCCCAGACCUGAAGGCUCUGCUCAACGUGGUGGACAAUGCCCGGAGCUUCAUCUACAUUGCAGUCAUGAACUACCUGCCCACCAUGGAGUUCUCCCAUCCACGCAGGUUCUGGCCGGCCAUCGACGACGGUCUGCGGCGGGCUGCCUAUGAACGAGGCGUCAAAGUGCGUUUGCUCGUCAGCUGCUGGGGGCAUUCUGAGCCGUCCAUGCGGUCCUUCCUUCUCUCCCUGGCUGCUCUUCGCGACAACCACACCCACUCUGACAUCCAGGUGAAACUGUUUGUGGUCCCCGCGGAUGAAGCCCAGGCUCGAAUCCCCUACGCCCGUGUUAACCACAACAAGUACAUGGUGACGGAACGUGCUGCGUACAUUGGAACCUCCAACUGGUCUGGGAGCUACUUCACAGAGACGGCAGGCACCUCCCUGACGGUGACACAGAAUGGGCAUGGUGGCUUGCGCAGCCAGCUGGAAGAUGUUUUCCUGAGAGACUGGAAUUCCCUAUACAGCCACAAUCUUGACACCUCAGCUGACGGCGUGGGCAAUGCUUGUCGUCUGCUUUGAGGCCCCGCCUAAUACGUAGGCCAAAGCUUUCUCGGGCCCCCUGGACUCAGCUCCCGGUCCUGGUUUUUGUCCCCAUGCCCUUGCUUCCGUCCGCCCCAUUGUGGCUCCACAAUCUCUCCACUGCAUCCUGUCGCUACCCUACCUCUGCUGGCCUGGCACUCUGGCCCCUGUGGACCUCGCCGAGCUAGGGGAGGAUCAGGCCCCAAAGUAGUGGGGGGGGUGCAUGCUGGGCCCGGACCUUCGGCCCACCCCCUCAAAGGGGCCGAGAUUAUGAUAAGUAAAUAAUUAUCUGUA